AUGGAGCAGGAGCUCCUCCAGCUGCUCGCAGCGACCCAGUCCCCCGCAGCACCGACUCGCCAAUCCGCAGAGCUACAACUGCUGCAGCUCUACUCCAACGAGGCCUUCCCGCUGUCUCUCGCGACAAUUGCUGCCCACGACUCCGUUGAUGCUGCACUUCGCCAGUCCGCCAUCUCCGUGCUUCGAACCUUUAUUGUAGCAUCAUGGUCGCCCCUCCUCGACGAGUUCAAAGGCCGCGUCUGGGUGAACGACGCGAACAAAGCAAAUUUGCGUAACGCCCUCCUCAAUCUCGCGACUACCGCAGAGACAAACCGCAGGAUCAAAGCCGCCGCAAGUUAUGCUGUCAGUAAGAUUGCCGCCGCCGACUUUCCCGAAGAAUGGCCGGAGCUUCUUCCAUCAUUACUUCAUAUUAUCAACGACCCCAACAGCAGCGAUGGGGCUCUUCAUGGCGCAUUGAAGGUUUUGCUAGAUUUGGUGGACACGGGCUUCAGCGAAGAACAAUUCUUCAGUAUUGCCCGAGACUUGGUGUCGACUCUCUUCACCGUUGCGACCAAUGAAUCGCGAAAAACAAUUAUCCGAGCCCUCGCUAUCUCCGUCUUCCGGUCAUGUUUUGAUACCUUAGAAAUGGUCCUUGAGCAGCACAAGGCUGCUGUUAAGCAGUUCAUGGACGAAGCACUGAGUGGAUGGUCGCCAUUUUUCUUGUCGGUUAUGAAGCUGCCCUUGCCACAGCGCCCAACGGAGGAGGAAGAGUCAAAGGAUACCGAAGUUCCGUCCCAAUGGAGAGGAGUCAUUGCAUUGAAAUUGCAAGCAGUCAAGACGGUUAUGAAAAUCCGUAUGGUCUUCCCUACGCUAUUGACGACACAGAGCCCACAGCUGUUCACCACCCUUUGGGAAGAAUUGUCAAACAUCCAGGGCCACUACUUUGAAAUGUUUGUACAGGACGAGCGACAGGGAAGACUUGAAGAUACGGAUGGUUUACCUUACACACUUGACUUCCUCGUACUAGAAGAGAUCGAUUUGAUGCAGGCCUUGAUUAAGGCUCCUCCUGUAAAGGCCGAGUUGCAGGCACAGCUACAAAACGCCAAUGAAGCGGCAACAACUUCUGGGUGGCUUCCUGAGAUUAUCAAGCUAGCCGCGACUUAUGCCCAAAUCACCACAGAGGAGGAGGGUAUUUGGGAAAUCGAUGUCAACCUCUUCUUGUCGGAAGAAACGUCCGUAACGGCUAACUACACGCCGAGAACUUGUGGAGGUGAUUUAAUAAUCAAGCUCGGGGAAUGGUUGAAAGUCACAGUCGUUCAGGCAUUGGUUGUUUAUAUCAACAAUCUCUUCGCCGACGCCUCCUCAACGUGGAAAACCCGAGAGGCUGCAUUGUUCAUUCUCAAUCAGCUGCUUCGAGACUUCAACGAGGUCGAGCAGCAAAUCCCAUUGGAUGUGGCCUCCAGCUUCACGAACAGUAUCCAAUUUGCUCUCCAGAAUGAGCAAGAUUACCUACGUGCCCGAGGAUAUUUAGUCGCAGGUGUCCUUGCUCAAACGGCCGGUGCAGACUUUCAACCGAUCGCAGCCAGCUACCUGGAAGCCACGAUGAAAGCUAUAUCGCAGGAUUCUUCAGAAGUUGUCCAGGUUGCCUGCAUCCGAGUCUUGCAAGAUCUGCUGCCGGCUCUUCCAUCCUCAACCACACAGCCCAUGCAAAUACCAAUAAUCAGCUCAAUAUCCGAGUUCAUAGCAGCCCAUGAUCUGAGAGAGGGCACCGAUAAUGAUGAUCUCAAGGUAACACUGGCGGAAACACUUCGUGACACUAUUAUGAUUGAACCUAAAGUGGUCCUGGACUCUCCUGCCUUGGAUGUGCUCUUCAAUGUGGCCAGUAACGGAGCGGAAAAUUUCCAUCUGGUCAUGGUGGUCACCGAGACGUUUGAGGAUAUUGUGCAAUACGUAUCACAACAGGGCGCAGAUGCUUAUGUUCGAUUGUGCGAGAAGGUGCUUCCAUCAUUGACAGGCGCUAUUGAUGUUGGCAACAUUACGGAAGAGGGCGCACUCACUGUUCUGGCAGCUGACUUGCUACGAGCCUUGGCGGAUCAUGGCUCAGAGCCUUUACCAAACGGAUUCGUUGCGACCGUGAUGCCAAAGUUGAGCCGGCUUUUACUUGAAGGCAACGAUAGCGAACUCGUUCGCGCUGCCACGCUAGCAGUAUGCCACAUCUUGUCUCAUGACUUCAACCAGUUUCUUGCUUGGCGCGAACCGCAGUCUGGCAAGGAUGCUAUUGAAACGGUGCUGUUGAUUAUCGACCAUCUUUUGAGCCCCAACAUUGAUGACGUCGCUGCCGCAGAGGUGGGCUCACUGGCUGCUGUGUUGGUUGAGAAGGCAGGUUCUGAGAAACUUGGUCCUUACCUGCCGCAGUUGCUUCAAGCUGUGGCACAGCGUCUAGCUACAGCUCAACAAGCUCAGUUUAUUCAGAGUUUAAUUCUUGUUUUUGCACGCCUGACUUUGAUUAGCGCUCGAGAAGUUAUUGACUUUUUGGCACAACUUAAUCUUGAUGGACAGAGUGGACUCAACGUCGUGUUGAGCAAGUGGUUAGAGAACUCGGUCAACUUUGCAGGGUAUGAUGAAAUCAAACAGAACAUUAUCGCUCUAUGCAAGCUAUACAAUCUGGAAGACCCUCGUGUGGCACAGGUUCAGGUCAAGGGCGACCUCAUCAUUCAAGAGACUGGGCGGAUCAAGACGCGAUCCCAGGCCCGUCAAAACCCCGAUCAAUUCACGACUGUGUCGGCCAAUUUAAAGAUUGUGAAGGUUCUUGUGGAGGAACUGGCAGGAGCUUCUGGCAACAAGGAGAUCGACGCAGCAACGGCUGCAGCACUUGAAGAAGCAGACAGCGAGGAUGAUGAGUGGGAAGACCUGCCCAGCAAUACAUUGGAUCUUGGGCUGGGAGUCACAAAACAAGAAUUGAUGUCAUUCGGCGAAGGAGGCACAGAGGGCUCCUUUGCCGUUCGGAAGCGCGAUGACGAGACCCAAGCACUUUUGUUACAGUUUUUCCAAGAGGUGUCCGCUAAACCUGGAUUCCAGGAACUAUUUGCGGCCCUAACGCCUGCCGAACAGGACAAGCUGAGGAGCUUGGGUUAG